AUGGCACUCAAGGACUCCUGCAAGACGCUUGUGGAGCCCGAAGUGGCCAUUCACCAGAUCCGGAUCACCCUCACCAGUCGCAACAUGAAGUCACUCAAGAAAAUGUGUGCUGACCUGAUUAGAGGAGCCAAAGAAAAGAACUUGAAAGUGAAGGGACUUGUUCGAAUGCCCAUCAAGACACUUCAAAUAACAACUAGAAAAACUCCUUGCGGUGAAGGUUCUAAGACUUGGGAUCGCUUUCAGAUGAGAAUCCACAAAUGUCUCAUUGGUUUGCACAGUUCUGAAAUUGUGAAGCAGAUCACUUCUAUCAGCAUUGAACCAGGUAUAGAAGUUGAAGCUACCAUUGCAGAUGCCUAA